AGUGGUGUUUGCGCCCGGCGUUGCCUGGAGACGGCCGGGAUUCACAGCCGCAGAAUGGGCCUCUCCCCGACGUCCCUCCUCCAGACCACAAAGCAACGGGCAUCCCUUCUUGGUGGGUGUGGGGGCAACGUGUGUCGGGUGUCCCAUCCAGAACUUUACAGGGUCUCCUGAGGGGUCUGUGGCGGAACCGGCCCUGAGUUCUUCGGUUUCCGCCGCCUUCAGGAGGCUGGCUGAACAGAAAACAAGAUUAGAGUGGGAAAUGAGAGGAUCUUAAAAGUAGAAACUUAACUAUUUGUCAGUUUAAAAGAAACUGGACGAUGGCUCAUUUCAGGAAGAUGGAAGUCAUCAAUGUCACCGCUUUGCCCUUGGUACCAGUGGACGAGGCCCUGGCCGUCUCACUCGCUGCGCGGAAUGCAAGGAAGAGUGCUGUGGAGAGGGGCCUGGAGGACAGCCUGCCCUCGUGCCUCAUUGGCUCCAUGCACCAGGUGAACCAAACCAUUGCUGAAAUAGAUCUGAGCCCCAACGCAUUGGUCAACAGUCUGGCAAUUGAGAGAUUUGAGUUGGAGAAGAAGGCUUUAACAGAGAAAAGUCGCGGCAGCUUGGGAGACAAAGACAAGAGUCAAAGAAAAUCACAGUACACUUGGAGAGACGUGGAAUCCAGGAAUGUCAAACCUUCUUUUACUAGAAGGAAAACACCAGAUAAAAAUCUGCUGGCAGAGCUGUACCAGCACCCACAAUUUCACAACUCUCAGCCAAAUGAGCUUCCAAACGGGGUGGACUUCUGUGGCCUGGUGGGCAAUGUGGUCCGGGCUGAGAGAAACCCCCUUAGUGGCAAGUCUUUCUGUUCAGAUAGAGAAUUAGAGAAGUUCCUCUCUUCUCCUCAUCUAAGAACCAUAUGGCUCGAUAGCUUCUGGUGGAUCUUUCAUGAAAAGUACCAGCCAAACAAGGAGGUCCAGAAUAAGCUGUUCGACCGGAUAUCCCAACAUUACGCCAAUCUCUUGUUUCAUGAACCCAGGUCCCACUAUGAAGAGGCUCUCUUAAAAAGAUUGCCAUCACUUCUGAGUAAAGCCUUGUACACCAGCUUCUGUUGCUGCUUUCCACAGUCCUGGUUCAACACACACGAAUUUAAGUCUGUCAUCUGUAACACGAUGAGCCUGUGGAUUUCAGGUAUAUAUCCUUGCCUGCAGAGCUAUAACCGUUGGGACUAUUCAGCACUGGAUCCAGAGAGAUUCCAGAGAGAAGAAUUAAUGUUUCAGGGAAGAAGACAGAUAAAGGGAAGACAGUUCUCUUUUCUGACUUCUAAGAGACACUUCCUCCAGAAGUCUGCCCAGAGCAGGAAAGCCCAGUGCCCUCAGGAGACUUCUAAUGUAAAUUCAUCCAAUGAGAGAAUCUCUUAUGGCAAGAAUUCAUUGGAUAACUCACAAAAACAGAAUACCGCAAAAGGACACCAUUAUCAGACUCUGGUCUUGAGGAAAGCUACACAACAAGUCAAGAGGCUAUCAGAAGCCAGAGAACAUGAUAUUAUGCUUUCUAAGCAGUCUUACCCUGCCUGCAAAAGCCCUGAGCUGACCUCAAACCUCUUCAACAUUUAUGGGAAGAGCCCUCUGAUUGUGAACUUCCUUCACAACUACUCCAGGCUGCAGCAGCAUGGCAAAGAUGUGUUGGUAACCAGGAGGGAAAAAACCAAGGCCAUCCCUGAGUCCAGCCUGACGUACGCUGACAUCAUCAGCCUGACCCUGAACAACAUGAAGAAGCGGAGGGACAAAUUCCACCAGAUGAACCAGCUUCGCGGGAGUGAGUGGAAUUAUUUUGAUAAUUACCUAAAGGCGCUGCAAGACAACGUCCUCAGGGAGGUAAAGAGUAUAGAUCAAAGAGCAAGAGAUAAAAAAAAGGCAGACCAUGUAUUCCUCCCACCUUCAACCUUCAUUAAGGAACCCCCUGAAGAGAAGUCUAGAGGAAUCCAUCAGAAUGAGAUUGUGUUUCUUUCAAGGAAGGGAAAGAAGGAGAGUGAAAGUAAAGGGAGACAGAAGUUGAACUACUCUCCCUUCUCACAUUCAAACUCUGGUGAAUUAUCUUCCCUGGAACUAGGAAGUUCCUGCAGAACCAGAGAGGUUACCAAGAAGUCAAAACCAAUAAAGAAAAAGGAAAUACGUCUCUCACUUUCCAGCUCACUUGGAUGAAUUCUUGUCCAAGAAUUGGAAGAACUUUUCAGAUGAAGCUUGCAUGUAUUUGUUUUAAUCUAAAAUAGAAGCAAGAAAACAACAAAAAAUGAUAAUAUUGCAACACAUUUAGUCAUUCUUAGUUCAUGGGACAAAGAAUUUUAAAGCUUACUCCUACCCUGGGCCAAAGUCAGGAUUUCAAUUGAAGUUAAGUCACCUCAUUCAUUCAUGCAUUUACUUACUAAUUCCUUCAUUCACUUGUUUAUUAAUAAUAAUACUACAGAAUAUAUACUGUUGUAUAACAUAGUAAUAGUAAUCAUAGGAGACAUCAUUUAUUGAGUACUUACUAUGUGCUGAAUAUUCUGUUAAGUCCUUUUUUAGAUAUAUCUCAGUUAACCCUCCUGGCAGCUCCCUUCCUGAGGUAGAUAUUUUUACCUCCAUUUCUCCUAGGAGGACACUAGGGCUUGGAGAGAUUGAGUAAGCAUUUGCCAGGUGUCUAUUUGGACCAUGCCUGUACCAGGCCCUGUGAAUACAGAGAUGAAUAAAGACAUAGUCUCUGUCUUUAAGGGGUGCACAGUCUGGAAGACCAGGUAGGAUGUAUAACCAAUAAAUGCAUUAACACUUUGCUGGAGAUCAAUGUAGAAUCUAAGAAAAGCCAAGUCAAAAGAGAGUCUCUGAGGCUCGAAGGUACAGGGACCAGUGUGUGGAAGGACCUGCAGCUGAGCUGAGGGGCUUGGCCUUUAUCAUUUGGGCCUCAGGGCGCAAAGUGACCGAGAUUUGUGUUAGAACAGUCUGCCUGGAACAGCCAAGGGAAAAGAAAACAGAUAAUGGCUAUCUGCCUGAAUCAAGAAGCAAGUAAGUACAUUCUUGGGACCUAUAGUGUCUCCCACAGAUAGGGGUCUUCACUUGAACCCUGAGUGUGACUCUCGGUGACCCCCUUGGAAAAUAUUACCCAGAUAAAUGGAUGGAGGAAGGCUAAUAAAGAAGGAGUUCAAACAGAUAGUAAUUGCACAAGUUGGAAUGAGGGUUUAAUAAUGUGUGUAACCAUUGAAUCACUGUGCUGUAUACUUAAAGCCAAUAUAAUACUGUGUAUGAACUAUACUUCCAUUAAAAUAAAUAAAUAAAUAAGAAGAAACUCAAGCUUUGGCCCCAGGAAAUUCUGGGCUUUGAGUCCUUGCCAUUCUUCAUAACAAAGUUAUGAAGCAUAGUAUCUGUGUAGCUUGACCUUUCUGAACUUUGUUCUUGAAUGCAUAAAGGGAACACCUGCCUAGGAGGGUAGUGUUGUGAUGGUUAAAUGAGAUAAUUUGUGCAACCAUCACAGCACAGGGUAUUUCACUUAGUAAUUCCUAUCAACUAUUAUUAUUGUUGUUGUCAUCAUUGCUGUAAAAAGUACACUCAUCUCCUGAAACUAGAACAUACUGAGCACCUGCCAUGUACAAGGCACCAUACAGCUCAGAUAACCAGGGCUCUCUCGCCUUCCUUUCACUAUCCAAGCCACAAUCGCCUCUUCAUUUGGAAUUCCUGUAAGGAACCAUAUUCUCUCCUAUUUCUAGGCCUUUUGCCUAUUGCUCCUUUUGUACCUGAAAAUCCCUUCUCCCUUUUCACUAUUAACUCCUAACAUCACUCAUUCCUGCAUCUCCUUCAGGACCUUGCAUAGAUGCUCCCUUCUCCAGGAAGCUUUCCCUGAUACACCACUAGCAAAGUUGGUGCAUGUAACCCUCCAAUAUUCUCCCAUAGUCUAUUGUGCACCCUCAUUAGUAGCAGUUAUAACAGACGAUAUAUUGCCUGUUUAUCUUUAUCUACCAUAGCCCCCACCCAGAAAGAAGGUCUCCUGGUUUUCUGGGCCCAGGACAAACUGCAUUGCUGUCUUUCAGGAUAAUCCUUUGCACAGCUUGGGUCCAAGAUCAUCCCUGCAUGAACUCCUUCCAGAAAUUACUGAGAACUCAUAACCAUAGACCUCUCAGGAAGUUCAAUAUAAAAAGGCCUGUCUGUGCUCUUUGUAAAUAUUAGAAGGGAAAAUACGGUGAAGAAUUUUUUGCUCUUUAUAAGGGGAGGAGAGUAGAAAAUCAAAGGAAACUAACUUAUAAAAAGCAUUUACUGUAAUGUGUGACAAAGUAGUAACUGUGUGAUAAUCCAAUUCCAUCAUUCCCAGUGUCACUGAGAACCAGUAUUCUCGGUAUGACAGAAGGGAAAUUCAGAUGUUAAACUAGAAGAGACGAAGUUAAAAUCCUAUAAUCCUGAUUUUUGAAUUGACUAUAAACUGAAGAUAUAUUUUAUGUUUAAAAAGCAAACAGCUGUCUGAGGAAUAAGGAUGGGAGAUGAACUAGAGAGGGGAGGGAGGAGAGGAUGGAAGGGAUUACAAAGAGGCCCAGAUAAACUUUUUGGGGUGGUGGAUAUGCUCACUAUCUUUAUUCCACCAAAGGGUUCACACUAUAUAUACACUUUAAAUAUGUACAAUUUCUUGUAUGUCGUUUAUACCUUAAUAAAGAUACUUUUUAAAAACACCUAUUUCCUAACUCUGUCCAUUGAAAUGAUGUAAAAAUAAAGAUUGACCCAGUAGCAAUGACACAGACUGUGGUAUUGAAAUACUAUUUGCACUAACAGGAUCCAGGGAUUCUUGAAGAAAUGUCUGGUUCCAGGCCUAUGGCAGGAAAGUCAUGAGAUGAACAGGCAGCAUCUUGUCAUACUAGACACAAGUGGAUAGAGCUCUAAGUGAAACAAGAUUAAUUAUGUGUUCAAAAUCAUUGAAACUGGGUGAUAGGGAUAUUAUUUUGCUUUUGUACAUAUGAAAAAUUAUCCAUAAUUUAAAAUUUAAAGGCAUUUACUAUGGACUACACACUUUUAAGCAUAGUUUCACACAUUAUUUUAUUGUUUUCUCACUAUAGCCCUGUGAGUGAAGUACAGGUUUCCCUUUUCAAACUGAGGUGUUUCUUAGUUGAAGCCACCAUUACCCGUGGCUUGGACUUUCACAAUUUCCUCCUAGUUAUUCUCUUUGCCCUCUUUCUUGCUUCCUCCAAUCCAUUCCCCAAACAUUUCAGAUGUAUUAACCCAUUUAAUUCUCACAACAACUCAGUACUGUUGUUAUUCUUGGCUUUCAGAUGAGGAAUCUAAGGCACAAAAAAGUUAAAUAGUUUCUCCCAAAAUCGCACAGCUAGUAAAUGGCUGAAUUUCAGUGUUAAGUCUGGCUUAGCUGCCACUCCUGUGUGUGCUUAUACUGUACUUCUAUAAAUGGGAAAUGAAACUGCAUAUGAAUAUACUGGAUCUGCCAUAUAUUGGUGUAGCAUCAGUUAAGAACACAGACACUGGAGCCAGACUGUGAGCCUCAAGUUGCUUAACCUUGUGGUGACUCAGUUCCCUCAUCUGUAAAUAGGGGUAAUAAUAGUACCUACCUCCUGGUGUCUCUGUGACAAACAUUAAUCUGUAGAAAGCAGUAAAUGCUAUUUAAGUGUUGGCUAUCGUCAGAUGUUAACCCUUUUGUCUUCUCCCCUUUGCUUCUGGAAGCACCUUUCUCCCUUGCACUUUUCACUCCACAGAACUUCCUAAAUAAACCUCUGUGUUCCCUAUGCCUUUCCCACCCUGUCAGUCUGGCAAGUCCUCACUUAUCCUUCCCAGCCCCAAACUAAGGGUCACCACUUCUGUGAGGAUGCCCCAGGGAGAAGUCUACUUGGUUCUAAACUGCAGGUAUAAUCCCUCUUAUCUUGCCUUGUGUGUGAUUAUCUUUUUCUUUAUCUGUCUUCCCUACUAGAUUCAUGGCUUCUUGAGGGCAGAGACUUGUCAUUAUUUCCAUAUCCAUCAAACAGCUGGGAUCGAUCAGUGUUUAAUAAAUGUUGGGUAAAUAAACUAUCACAUACAUGCCUCUCUGGGCAACUAUGUGCCAAAAGUUGUAAGUUUUUCCAAUUUGGAAAAUAAGUCUAAAUAAAUGAGAAAAACCCAAAUGACUGGUAUGUAUGUAUAUGUGUGUGUGUGUGUGUGAUAUACUACUGUAAUUGUCUAUAUAUUUAUCUAUAUCCUCCGCUAAGGUUUGUUUCUUGUUUGUUGUUGAAUCCUUAGUACUGAACACCUAGCACAGUGUCUGACAAAUUGUAGGGAUUCAAAAAACAUCUUUUGAAUGAAUGAAAUACGUUUAAGGGCAGAUGUACCCAUUGAAAUACUUUUUUGUAUGAUUACUCUUUAUUCUCUAGUUCUCUAUGGAAGCAUUUCUCAAAUUUGAACUCUUAAAAACUCCAAAAAAUAUACAUAUCCAUAGGCACCAAUUUGAGGAAACCCAACUGUACACAGUAGAAUCAUAUGCCCCUAUUUGAUUAUUAGGUUGUCCACAAAGGGGCAGUAAAGUGUAAGGGAUUAAAAUUUCAGGUCUUGACGGUCUGUAAUCCCACUGUCUUUUUUGUUCUUUCUUAGACUAUCAUAAAAAUGACACAAAGUGUUUUAAAUUUGAAAGAGAACUUGUGCACUUGCUGAAGGGUUUGAGAAAUGGGAAAGCUAAUUGAUUCAAUUACUAAUUGGUUACUGAUGCACAUAAAAGCUCUGGCUUGCCAUGGUCUAUUUCUAAGAUAGGAAACCAGCAUUUUUCCAUGCAGGGUUUCUUUAUUUAACUGUAGUUGUUUUUGUAAGUCUUCUAUGGCUUCUGAUUUUUGUGUCAUACUUUAAAGAUUUUUCCUUUUCUGGGAUAAUAAAACGUCUCAUGUUUUCUUCUAGCACUUUUAUUAUUUUAUUGUUCAGAUUUAAUUUCUUGAUCCAUCUGGAAUUUAUUUUGGCAUAAGGUGUGAAGUGUGGUUCUAAUUUUAUUAUCUUUCCAGAUGGCUACCUCCCUGUUCCAACACCAUUCACUGAAUUCACUAUUUCCCCACUGAUCUGAAAU